AUGCCCCACUAUAGCCUGCGUGCUGCGACUGUCCUCCUGCUGGUGAUCUUGAAUCAGCAGCCUUGCAGCCCAGCCCCACUGAAUGGAUCCAAGUGGACCUAUGUUGGUCCUAAUGGGGAGAAGAGCUGGUCCAAGAAGUACCCAUUAUGUGGGGGCCUGCUGCAGUCCCCAAUCGACCUGCAUGGUGACAUCCUCCAGUAUGAUGCCAGCCUUGUGCCUCUAGAGUUCCAAGGUUACAAUGUGUCUGCCAAUGAGCAGUUGAACCUGACCAAUGAUGGCCAUUCAGUGAGACUGAUCCUGCGCUCAGACAUGCACAUCCAGGGCCUCCAUUCCCACCGAUACAGUGCCACCCAGCUGCACCUGCACUGGGGGAACCGCAAUGACCCCCGUGGCUCUGAGCACACCAUCAGUGGGAAGCCCUUUGCUGCUGAGCUGCACAUUGUCCAUUAUAACUCAGACCUGUACCCCAACGUCAGCUCUGCCAGUGACAAGUCAGAAGGCCUCGCUGUCCUAGCUGUCCUCAUCGAGAUGGGCUCCUUCAAUCCAUCAUAUGACAAGAUCUUCAGUCACCUUCAACAUGUAAGGUACAAAGGCCAACAAGUGCUCAUCCCAGGUUUCAACAUUGAAGAACUGCUUCCUGAGAGGCCUGCCGAGUACUACCGCUAUGAAGGGUCCCUGACCACACCUCCUUGCCACCCCACUGUGCUCUGGACGGUUUUCCGAAAUCCUGUGCAAAUUUCCCAGGAGCAGCUGCUGGCUUUGGAGACAGCUUUGUAUUUCACACAACUGGAUGACCCUUCACCAAGAGAAAUGAUCAACAACUUCCGUCGGGUCCAGAAGUUCGAUGAGAGACUGGUAUACAUCUCCUUUCGACAAGGUGAAGGAAGCAGUACUGGGCUACACCUGAGCAUCAUCCUUUCAGUGGCCUUGGCUGGCAUUCUUGGCAUCUGUAUUGUCCUGGCAGUGUCCAUUUGGCUUUUCAAAAGGAAGAAGAGCAAAAAAGGUGACAACAAGGGAGUCAUUUAUAAACCAGCCAUUAAGAAGGAGACCGAGGCCCAUGCCUGA